AGAUCCUGGGUGAGUUUCGCUGCAACAAACACGGUGGUUCAUAGUACAGACUGUGUGUAGAGCAGAGCAAACCAACAGCCUGCUGCACAGGAAGGAGCUGCUGCUGCUGACUAUAUUCCUGUUUAUUUCAUCGAUGUGACGUUCUGGAGGAAGAGUGUCUCCGUGCGUGUGUGUUUGUGAGUGUGACACAGAGAGAGAGGGAGCUGCUGUCUGAGUCAGGGGCCGAGCUGCAGGUGAGUCCUUCUGCUGGUCACAUACUUUUUUUACAGACCGGACAUUUUACCUGAGGAGGAUGAUUAACAUAUGAGUGGCAGUGUGUGUGAUAUUGUGAGGCACUGCGGUCGUGUCAUACGGAAUGAGAAAUUAGUGGUUCAGUAGGUGAGACUCGCGAAAACUGUGCGCCAACAGGUGCGACGGGUCACACCUGUUGGGAAUGUGAACUACGCCGUAGAGUUAGACUUGCAGAUAGGCUUUUUAUGUGCUCCGGAACUGUUAUUGAAGUACUGUGUUUUUGUUUCUCCCGCAGAGGUGUUCAUUUGGUGUUUAUCUGGAGGAUUUAUACAGCUGGACAUGGAUUAUUGGUGCCCCUCUUCACCGCUUUGGAUUUAGUUGAGACACCUCACCACCCUGCGCCUCUCCCUCCCUCCUCUCUCCUUCCUGAGUGCGCGUAGAACAGGUGGAUCCUGUUUCUGUGCUCGGCUUUCUUCACCUCUGUCCACCUUUCACCUUUAUGGGGAACCAGGUGGAAAAGCUAACGCAUCUAAAUUACGCAGAGGUGCCAACGUCGGACCCAAAUGGGUUCGACCCGGACGACGACGGACCGCGGAUCGGCGUCUCUUACAUUUUCUCCAAUGACGACGGUGACGAUGACCAGGACGACCACAUUGACCACUUUUCCUCUGGAAAUCACUCAGUAAAUAAUGAGGAGAAGCCUUUUGACCCCCAGGAUGAACUGGAGUGCGCAGUGUACUACCGGGAGGAGUGCGUCUAUGAGAGGAACACUGGAGACCCGACUCACUCUGCUGAAAGUCUGCUGAACAACUGCAGACCCGGAGACCUGCUGGAGUUUGUAGCCACUGGACAGUAUCCACACUGGGCUGUUUAUGUCGGAGAUUUCCAGGUGGUUCAUUUACACAGGGCGGAGAUAAAGAAUAACUUCCUCACUGAUGUGAGCCAGGGCAAAAAAGGCAGGAUAGUGAACGGCCUCUACAGGUACCGCGCGCUCCCGCCGGAGGUGAUCGUGCGCAACGCCCUGGACCACGUUGGUUCUCGAGACAGAGAGCUGUACUGGAGAAACUCUGAGUGCUUUGCUGCCUGGUGCCGCUUCGGCAAACGGGAGUUUAAGAUCGGAGGUGAGAUCAGGAUUGGGAAGCAGCCGUACAGGUUAAAAUUACUCUUUUCAGAGAAGAAGAGUCACGUCCUGGAGUUUCAGAGCCUAGAGGACGUGAUCAUGGAAAAGAGGAGGAACGAUCAGAUUGGGAAAGAUGCUGUCAUGCAGGAGCUUGCUAACCACUUGAAUUCAACACAUGAAAUCAAAGAGGAGGAUUAUGUUAAAUGUUAAUGUCUGCUUAGAUCAUCUGGAGUUUACAGUUCAAUGGAGAAAUGCACACUGUGUGUUGCUGCUGAGGGAGCAUUCACCCCUCCACUUCACCAACAAGAGCUCUGUGUGUGGGCUCGGCUGCAUGUGCCAUCAUGCAAACUAAAUUGCAUCUUUUAGAGGGAGUUAAAAUGAUCAUAGAAAUCAUCUUUCCUCUGCCAAAAAAAGAGGAAAAGCCCUGAGUCUGUGUUGACACUUCUCAAGUGUAUUUGCACAGCAGAUCACGAGGGUCAGGAAAAAGUUCACGCAAGUUAACUUGAACCAGAAACAAGUGAAAACAGAACAUUUCUUCUUCUCUCCUUCUAAGAAAAAUGAGAUUUCCUCCCUCAAAGCAAAAUAAAGUGACUUGUUUUUGUUGGCUACAUUUGCAUUGGAGCUGCACCUGCAGUCUAAUCACUCGGGAAUGAAGUCAGAAUUUAAUUGCCCGUGAUUAUCUUUCUAAUCCAAUGAAUCUUUGCACACAGGAGCCAAAGCUCUCAAAUGUUCCUCUACCUGAAAAGAGAAUUCAAAGUGCUUGCUCCUGCACAACUCAGGUGUUGUUGGAGAUCAAUACAGAGUGAUAGAGACAGGACUGCGUGCUUUUAUUACUGUGUCAACCUUGAGGAUUCCCUUCUGUUGCUUUCUAUCCAAUCAUCAUACAGCUUUACCCACUCUGACUAUUCUGCACACUGUUCACUGUGCACUUGUAUUGAUUCAGUUGUCUGAACAGUUUAUUUUUUUGAGAAAAAAAGAUGUUUGUAUGGAGGAAUAAGGAAAUAAAUAUAUAUUUGAACAGGAAA